ACCGAAUUUUUUUUGUAGCAGCAACGGUCGAGCAGAGCAUUAUCGCCGAAAAUCAACAACCCUCACAUUGAUUGCUCGCCCGUGCUUCUCAACGGGCCUCUCAAGAAGCCAGAGGAACGCUGGACCAGCGUUCCAUAUACGAUCACCAUGUCGGCCCACAGCGCAAAGAGACGAAAGCUCAGUCCAUCCGAUAGCGAUGAAUCGGACUCCGGCGACAACAAAAAUAGCCUCUCGAACGGUCGCAAGGCACAGCACAAUGGCCCCUCUACGUCGUCGCAUGCGGGUGUAAAACGGGUACAGAAGGAUCGUUCAGCUGAGCUGGCUCUGUCCAGCGGGCUAUACAAGUCCAAUGUCUUCAAACUGCAAAUGGACGAUCUGCUUGCCGAUCUCAGACUUGACUAUGACAGAGAGGUGUCGCGGAUGCAGGAAACACUCUCCAAGAUCAAGAAGAUCAUCGAAGAGAUCCCGGAACGCCCCGCGAAGUCUGUGAAGGAAGCUGAGAAAGAGAUCAGAAGCUCCCAUGGCGUCGUCGUUCCAUUUCCCGAACCUCGUCCGGGGAAAGAGACCAAAUAUACGAUGGCAUAUGCGAAGCCUGCCAAUAUCAAUGUGGUAGGCAGCUUUGCCCUCCGAACCGGAGUGAAGACGGCAAACCCGUACACUAUCGAUCUCGCAGUUACAAUGCCCGAUGAGCUUUUUCAAGAAAAGGACUAUGUGAACUACAGAUAUUUCCACAAGAGGGCUUAUUAUGUGGCGUGCAUUGCAGCAGGGCUUCAAUCCGCUAAGGGUUUGGAUUUGUCUGUGAAGUUCGAGUAUCAGGAUGGAGAUAGUCUGCGUCCUGUAAUCGUUCUGGAACAUCCUCACAAGGCGACCAACCAGGCUGUUGCCCCGACGCCGCGCAUCCGAAUUAUAACUGCAAUCAACCAGACAGUCUUUCCGAUCUCGAAGACUCUGCCAGCUAAAAAUAAUAUACGGAAAGGGGAUACUAAUCGCGAGUCGAACGAGAGCUCUGGAGAGCCUACACCGUACUAUAAUGCGGCCCUCCGUUCCGAAGCUACGGUGACGCCGUACCUGAAAUAUCUGCAUGCGGCUAUUCAAAAAAGUGACUCGUUCAGAGAUGCCUGUAUUCUCGGGCACACUUGGCUUCGACAGAGAGGUUUCGGUCCAUCCCCUCAAGCAGGUGGUUUGGGAACGUUUGAAUGGGCUGUGAUCGUCGCUAUACUGAUGGAGAGCGGCGGACCCAACGGGAAACCCGUCCUACUGCCAUCGUACAGUAGCUACCAGAUCUUCAAGGCAAUGAUGCAGUUCUUCUCCAACAGGGACUUGACACAGCCCAUCAUACUGUCCGCUGCUCCUAUGUCCAUACCUUCGGAAGGCCCUGUGAUUUACGACGGUAAUAGAGGGCUCAAUAUUCUUUACAAGAUGACACCCUGGUCCUAUAACCUGCUCCGUCACGAAGCCCGUCUCACUCUGGCAAUGUUGAAUGAGUCACGCUACGACAACUUUGGUAAUGUCUUUAUCGUCAAAGUACACGAGCCCAUGCUCAGAUUCGACCGUGUCCUGUCUCUUCCAUUGCCACCGAAGACAAGUGGAAUCCUCGCGUCCCUCCAGUAUCAAUCGCUUCUCUUCCAGGUCCUGUCCAGAGCGCUCGGUGACAGAGCAAAUCUCAUAGCUCUGUCCAGCAGGGAUUCGGAACCAUGGGCUAUUGGCUCUUCCCCAAAGAACAACUCCAAGAAGGUUGUCCAGGUUGGACUCCUGCUUGAGUCUAAAAAUGCCAAUAGAGUGAUCGACCAAGGUCCCUCCGCUGAACAAAAGGACGAAGCUGCAUCAUUCCAGGCAUUCUGGGGAGAAAAGUCCGAGCUAAGACGUUUCAAAGACGGCAGCAUUGUCGAGACUUUGGUGUGGUCAGACCACCCAUCAGCACCGUCCAUUGUUCAUCAGAUAUUGGCCUACAUUCUGCAGCGUCACUUUGGAAUAUCUGAAGAAUCCCUCACCUAUAUUGGGGAUGAGUACGACAGGAUACUUGACAAUUGGGGAGGCAGUCUCACGUCUUCAAGCAAACUGUUCCAACUUGUUCUCGAUGCUUUCAAUUCUCUUGAACGAUCUCUCAGGGAUAUGGUAGAUGUUCCGCUCACGAUAAAACAACUCUUACCAGCCAGUCCUCUACUUCGUCAUACAGCGCUGGAAAUGAGACCUGAUGGUGGCGCGAACAGUGGAGUUGUCGAUGUUGUUCUACAGUUCGAAAGCUCUACACGCUGGCCCGAUGACCUCGCCGCUACUCAGAUGACAAAGCUCGCUUUCCUUGUGAAAAUAGGCGAUUACCUGGAGUCUUCUGGGGAGGCCACCUCAUGCCGGACAGGCUUGGAAAAUGAAUCCACCAAGCUCCUCAACAACGGAUUCCUCGAUAUCGUCCACAAGUCUCACGUCACUUUCCGUCUUCGCAUCCACCAUGAUCGCGAACAAGCACUGCUUGAGGGUCAACUGAAAAAUAAGACUCUUUCUGCCCGCGUCAAGGAGGAAACUGCAGAUGCACUAGCUGCAUACAAGCGGUUAUUCAUCCAGGGCCCCCGACUCACACAAGCGCUCCAUACUCUUUGCACCCGAAUUCCUGCGCUUUCCCCUACCAUUCGCGUCAUGAAACAUUGGUUCAGCUCUCACCUGCUCGUCCCUCACAUAAACGAGGAAUUCAUCGAACUCCUGACCACACGGGCCUUCCUCCACCCGUAUCCGUGGGAGACGCCCUCAAGCGUCAUGGCCGGAUUUCUACGAACGCUUCAUUUCCUUUCUCGAUGGAACUGGAAACAGGAACCGCUUAUCGUGGAUGUGAACGAAUCCCUUACCGCGGAAACCUUGGAAUCUAUCAGAACUCGAUUCGCUGCUUGGAGGAAGGUCGACCCUGCGAUGAACUCGGUCGUCUUCUUUGCAGCUUCCGAUAUCGAUCGCGAUGGUAUAACCUGGACGCAGUACGAAAUGCCCUCGAAAGUCGUCGCGGCGCGCAUAUCAGCCCUUGCAAAGGCCGCAGUGACGUUAAUCAGGGAAAAGGGGUCAGAUCUCGAUGUGACUGAGCUGUUUCGUCCAUCCCUUGCACCGUAUGAUUUCGUUGUGGAGCUCGAUCCCAAACGUGCCGCCAACGACCGGUCCGGCGGCUUGGUUAAGUUCAAGAAUCUGCAGGAGCUUGGCAACAGUGAGAGUCAUAAGUCGUCGGCGGCCAUUAUGUCUUUCGUGCAAGAGAUCCGGGCAUCUUUCGGGAAUAAUAUGCUGUUGUUUCACGGCGAUGGCCAUUGCCGCCGUAUAGCGGGCCUUUGGAAUCCGCAGAUGAAGAAACCGAGAGGCUUGGCAUUGAAGCUGGCAUAUUCGACAAUGCCAGAUAAGUCAAACGAUGAUGAUCCUGAAGGCAAUGUGACGAUUAACACUUCUGGCAUUUUGAACGAGAUUGCCAGGCUUGGCGAGGGUUUGGUACGGACGAUCUAUGUUCAAAACGGUGGUGCAUAGACGGUGAUUAUU